AUGUCUACGACAGAAAAAUCUACAGAAGAGUUGUCAACUGAAAAACCUUUGACUACAAUUUCGCAGACAACUGGCCAAGGUGAUAUAGAAACUACAAGAUCUAGAAUGUCUACGAAAGAAAUAUCUUCAGAAGAGUUGUCAACUGAAAAACCUUUGACAACAAUUACACAGACAACUGGCUCAGAUGAUGUAGAAACUACUGGAUCAGAUACGUCUAAAACAAAGGAAUCUUCAGAAGAGUUGUCAACUGAAACACCUUUGACAACAAUUUCACAGACAACUGACUCAAGUGAUGUAGAAACUACCAGAUCUGAAAUGUCUACGAUAGAAUAUUCUGCAGAAGAGUUGUCAACUGAAACACCAUUGACCACAAUUCCACAGACAACUGGCUCUAGUUAUGAAGAAACUACAAGAUUUUAUACGUCUACGACAGAGGAAAAUUCAGAAGAAUUUUCAACUGAAAUACCUUUGUCCACAUUUGCACAGACAACUAUCCCAGGUGAUAUAGAAACUAUUAUACCUGGAAUGUCUACGACAGAACAGUUGUCAACUGAAACACCUUUGACCACAAUUCCACAGAUAAUUGGCUCUGAUAAUGAAGAAACUACAAGAUCUGUAAUGUCUACCACAAAGGAAUAUUCAGGAGAGUUGUCAACUGAAACACCUUUGACUACAAUUCCACAGACAACAGGCUUUGGUGAUGUAGAAACUACCAGAUCUGUAAUGUCUACAAAAGAAAAAUCAACAGAAGAGUUGUCAACUGAAACACCUUUGACAACAAUUUCGCAGACAACUGGCAAAGGGGAUGUAGAAACUACAAUAUCUGGAAUGUCUACAAAAGAAAUAUCUUCAGAAGAGUUGUCAACUAGAAAAUCUUUGACCACAAUUACACAAACAACUGGCUCAGAAAAUGUAGAAACUACUGGAUCUGAAACGUCUAAGACAAAGGAAUCUUCAGAAGAGUUGUCAAAAGAAACUCCUCUGACAACUAUUCCACAGACAAAUGGUUAUGCAGAAACUACUAUAUUAUCAACAGAAGAGCUGUCAACUAAAACGCAUCUGAUUACAAUUUCCACUACAAGAGAAUCUACAGAACCUUUGUCAACUAAAACACAUCCCACCACAACUCCCGAUAGCCAAUCUAAAGACUGCAGCGAUUCCAGUAAUUGCAAAUCUUCCGAGAGUAUAGGUAGGGAUUGCAAAGUUUCCGAAAGAUGCAGUGCAUCUACGGAAAGUGAAGAUAAAGACUGUAAUACAACGAAACAAUGUAACUCGUCAUCAGAAAGUAACUCUUCCUCAGGAAGUAAAGAAACUGAUUGCAAGUCAACAGACAGUUGCGACAGUUCAUCCGAAAGUAAAGAGAAAAGUUGUAUAGGUUCAAAAAUCUGUGACGAAUCUGCCGAAACUAAGGAUUUAGAAAGCAAACAGAAGAACUGCGAAGACCCAACAAGUUGUGACAUUUCAUCAGAAAGUAAUUCUCACGAAUGUAUACAGUCGAAAAAUUGCGAUUCCUCAUCAGAAAUUGAAGAACAAGAAUGUAAAUCAUCACAGGGCUGUCAUAGUUCAUCAGAAGGUAAUGAAUACUCCUGCGAAAAAUCUAAAUCAUGCGGCAGCCAUGAUAAAGAAUGUGACUCGUCUACGGAAAGUAAAGAAUUCAGCUGCAAUUACAACUCUACAGAAAAAACACCAGUAACCGAACAUAAUCCUACCCCACAAACAACUAAGAAAUUGACGGAACUGUCAACUGAAAUUCAUCUCACAACACUUCGCCAGACAACUGGCUCUGGAAUCUUAACGACAAAGAAAUCUAUAGAAGAGUUGUCAACUGAAACACCUUUGACAACAAUUCCAAAGACAACCGGCUCAGGUAAUGUAGAAACUACAAGAUCUGGAAUGCCUACAACAGAAGAAUCUUCAGAGGAAUUGUCAACUGAAACACCUUUGACCACAAUUUUUCAGACAACUGGAAAAGGUGAUGUAGAAAUUACUAGAUCUGAAACAGAAGAAUCUACAGAAGAGUUGUCAACUUAUACACCUUUGACCACUAUUCCACAAACAACUGGCUCACGUGAUGUAAAAACUACUAUAUCUGGAAUGUCUACAACUGAAGAGAUUAUAACUGAAACACCUUUCACAACAAUUCCACAGACAACUGCCUCAGCUGAUGUAGAAACUACUGUAUCUGGAAUGUCUACGACAGGAGAGUUGUCAACUGAAAAACCUUUGACCACAAUUCCAAAGACGUCUGGCCGAGGUGAUGUAGAAACUACUAUAUCUGGAAUGUCUACGACAGAAGAGUUGUCAAAUGAAACACCUUUGACCACAAUUCCACAGACAUCUGGCCGAGGCGAUGUAGAAACUACUAUAUCUGGAAUGUCUACGACAGAAGAGUUGUCAACUGAAACACCUUUGACCACAAUUCCACAUACAACUGGCGCAGGUGAUGUAGAAACUACCAGAUCUGAAAUGUCUACGACAGAGGAAUAUUCGGAAGAGUUUUCAACUGAAACACCUUUGACCACAAUUCCACAGACGUCUGGCCGAGGUGAUGUUGAAACUACUAUAUUUGGAAUGUCUACGUCAGGAGAGUUGUCAACUGAAAUACCUUUGACCACAAUUGCACAGAUAACUGGCUCAGGUGAUGUAGAAACUACCAGAUCUGAAAUGUCUACAACAGAGGAAUAUUCAGAAGAGUUGUCAACUGAAACACCUUUGACCACAAUUCCACAGACGUCUGGCCGAGGUGAUGUAGAAACUACUAUAUCUGGAAUGUCUACAAGAAAAGAGUUGUCAACUGAAACACCUUUGACCAGAAUUCCACAGACAACUGACCCAGGUGAUGUAGAAACUACUAUAUUUGGAAUGUUUACGACAGAGGAGUUGUCAUCUCAAACAACUUUGACCAGAAUUCCACAGACAACCGGCCCAGGUGAUGUAGAAACUACAAGAUCUGAAAUGUCUACGACAAAGGACUCUUCAGAAAAGUUGUCAACUGAAACACUUUUGAGCACAAUUCCACAGACAACUGGCUCUGGUGAUGAAGAAACUACAAGAUCUAGAAUGUCUACGGCAGAAAAAUCUACAGAAGAGUUGUCAACUGAAACACCUUUGACCAGAAUUCCACAGACAACUAGCUCUGGUGAUGAAGAAUCUACAAGAUCUGGAAUGUCUACGAAAAAGGAAUAUGUAGAAGAUUUGUCAACUGAAACACCUUUGAACACUAUUCCACAGACAACUGGCUCAGUUGAUAUAGAAACUAUUAUACCUGGAAUGUCUACUACAGAAGAGUUGUCAACUGAAACACUUCUCACCACAAUUGUACAGUCAACUGGUCCUGGUGAUAUAGAAACUACUAGAUCUAGAAUUUCUACGACAGUGGAAACUACAGAAGAGUUGUCAACUAAAGUAGCUUUCACCACAAUUCCAUUGUCAACUGACCCAGGUGAUGAAAAAAGUGAUUGUGGAUUGCUAGGUAAAUGUGAUUUAUCGUCAGAAACUGCAGAACAUGAUUGUAGUAAAAGUUGUGAUUCAAAAUACUCGAGUGAAGAAUGUAAAAAAUCUGGAAAUUGUGAAGAAUUAUCAGAGAGUGUCUCGAGUUACAAGGCGAAUUGUGAAAGUUCCGAUAAUUGUGAAGAGGGAGAGAAAAAGGACUGCUACAAUUUGAAAAAUUGCAACAUUUCAUUGGAUAGCGAUGACAUAAAUUGUAAAGAUUCCAAAAAUUGUAAUAAAUCAUCGGAAAGCAAUAAUAAAAGUUGUGACUCAUCAGCAGAGGGUGUAGAUUAUAAAAGUUGUGAUAAAUCGGGGGAUUGUAAUGAGCCAUUAGAAAGCAAAGAAAAAAGCUGUGAAAAAUCAAGCUAUUGUAACAGCUCAUCAGUAAGCAGCGAAAAGGACUGUAAGUGCAGGGAAUCUUCCGAAAAUUUCAAUAAAAGUUGCGAUAAAUCAAAGAAUUGUGACAAAACAUCAAAUAGCGAAGAAAAAGGUUGUAAUAAAUCCAGAAAUUGUAACAAUUCAUCACAAAGGUGUGACUGUGACUCAUCAUCAAAGAGCGUAGGUGAAGAUUGCAACAAAUCAAAGGAUUGCAACAAUACAUCAGAGAGUAAAGAAAAAAACUGUGAUAAGUCCAGAAAUUGUAAAAAUUCAUCAAAAAGCUAUGAAAAAUCUUGUGAGUGUGACUCCUCAACAAGUAGCAAUGAGGACGGUUGUAACGAAUCAAAUGAUUGCAACAAUACAUCAGAUAGUGAAGAAAAAAGCUGUGAAAAAUCGAUAAAUUGUGACGAGUUAUUACAAAGCAAAGAAAAAAGUUGUGAUUGUAGCUUAUCGUCCGAAAAUUCCAACAAAAGUUGUGACAAAUCCAAAAAUUGCGACCAUUUAUCGGAAAGCGAAGGAAAAAGUUGUGACUGUGAUUCAUUAACAAGGAGUGUAGAAGAUAGUUGUGACAAAUCGAAGGAUUGUGACAAAACACUAGAGAACGAAGAAAAAAGCUGUGAAGAAUCUAGAAAUUGUGAUAAGUCAUCAGAGUCCGUAGAUAGAAAUUGUGAUAUAUCAACGAAUUGUGAUACAUCAUCAGAGACCGAAGAUAGAAGUUGUGACAAAUCAAUGGAUUGUGAUAGAUCUUCAGAAAACACCAAAAAAGAUUGUAAUAUAACACAUGAGAGUGAUUGUAAUACAUCUUCUAUCAGCGCAGUAAGUAUUAAAACUAAAUCAGAUAUGUUAUUGGAAACAACAACAUUUUCAUAUUCCCAUCAAUCUUUAGAUGUCAUCAUAACAAAAAAUGCCAUUUCCAAAGAUACGGAAGCAGCGACGAAAAGUUCAAACGAAAAAAGAUUAACCGAUGAAACAAUCAUAUUUGAUUCAAAUUUAUUGUCACAAUCGACCAGAUCUUCAAAAAAUUUAGUCACAAAUUAUGAAAUAUUAACAACUGAAAGCCAAUCUAUAAUGAAAAUGCCAGAUUUUCAUUCAGCAAACUCAACUAACCAGCCAUUAACAGAGUCUUCAGUUUUUGAACCUUUAUUUACAACGCAUCGAAAGGUUUUAACGGAGUCCUCUAAGUUUCAGGGCUCAUUUCAUCAAAAAGCUACUUUCUGUCCCUGUUAUCAAAACAAUAAACCUACAAAUUGUGCUGAAAAAAUACACAAAUGCUUAAAUCUCACACACACCAUAGAAUAUAAAAGCAGUAGCGAUACGAACAACUUUGUAUAUUUAAUCGAAACAAUGUAG